GUCACUUCCUUCCUCAGCUUCUUCCUCCCCAGUGCGUUGAAGAAGGUAACCAGCCGGCACCGACGCAGCCCCAGUUUUCUCGGAAAAGAAAAGGAGGCGGAGAGGCAGCAAUGAAUGUGGAUCACGAAGUUAAGCUCUUAGUGGAGGAAAUUCAUCGUCUGGGUUCAAGAAAUGCUGAUGGAAAAUUAAGUGUGAAAUUUGGGGUCCUCUUCCGAGAUGACAAAUGUGCCAAUCUCUUUGAAGCACUGGUAGGAACUCUGAAAGCUGCAAAAAGAAGGAAGAUGAUUACGUACCCAGGAGAGCUACUUUUGCAAGGUGUUCAUGAUGAUGUUGACAUUAUAUUGCUGCAAGAUUAAUGUGGCUUGCAUAGCUUUGCUUAUUGUGGUUUUUAUUUUGUUUCUGGUAAACUGGAAUAUUACAUCAAAGGACAAACAUAUUAGCAUACUUAAUGUAUUUUUAUAGAACUUUAUAAACAAAAGGAGACUCAUUUUAGAAGCCUGUCCUUUUUUAUAUCUUGAAAGUAAAUUUAUGUAUUACACUGUAAAAUAAAUAAAACCUAUUAUUUUUUCUCAGGAAUCUGGCUGGAAAAUGUGGGCAAUGAGGCUCUUUUGGUGGGGAUGCAAGAGUGUUUGUUUCAUAAAUCAUUCUUAGAUAAUUUCUACAGAUAUUUGACAUUCUAUGAAAUCAAGAAGCAAACUUGAAGACCAGCUCCCACAAUGAAUGUAAUGUUUAUGUAAUAAAAACAUGUAACUCUCUUAAAA